GCCAUGGAGGCUCAGGCGCAGUGGGUGGGGAAACUGUUGCGGGAGUAUCAGAGAAGAGCAGAGGCUUCCGGGUUCCCGGGUCCGCAUACCAAUGUGCCCCAGCCAGCCAAGGACUCCCCUGCUAAGACAGUGCAAGUGCCCACCUCUAACCUGUAUGCCCAGUUAAACAGCCUCCAGUUAUGUGUGGACCCAGCCAGCUUGUUGUGGAUCAAUCUGUUUUCCAGGGGUCUCCUGCACACCCUGGAGCAGGUCAAAGCGUUCUACCAUUUGCAAGACAGUAAAAAAGUUGACUAGCAUGUAGACAUCCGGAUGGAUGCAGCUGAACUGAAGCUCAUAAUUCCUCUGGAUUCAUCCAUACUGGACCAUCCAGAACAUCCACAGUCUCUAUCUGUUAAUAUACCCCAGAUGGUUCUCAGUAACAGCCGUCACUGCCCUCAUGGCUCCAGAGCUGACCUCAGCAGUACUUGUGAAAAGUUCACAAGCAGCCCUUUCUUCCAGACAACACCACCUUGCCCCUACCCUAGAAAUCUGAGUGCCUUCCAACCCAUUCCUUCCACCUUCCUUCAGCACUCUCAAGAAAUGGAUCCCCAAUCUCUGGACAGAAAGCAGCUCCGUUCUGAGGAUAUCUGUCUUCAGUGUUGUUACUGAUCCUGAGUGGAACAGCUUGUACCAUGGAGGCACAAGGUGAAGACCAAGUCAUGGCGUUACAAGCACAGAAUAUGGCCAAUGUGGAGUUGGGCAACAUCAAGCAGUCAGACCUUCUAGCUGGACCAUUACAAGGUGAACCGAUUCAGAGGCAGGACGGGCAGACGAACAGGGACACACCUGCACUGUGCAUGCGGGCAGAAAUGGGCCCAUCUGCAGCUCAGCGCUCUGCUCUGGCCGAGUCGCUGGGCUUUCUGGACGUGAGGGUGCAAAACUGCCAGGCAGACCUGUUAGCCUCAGCGGUGGCUAACAUUGGUCCUUUCCUUGAAGAUGAAUUUAGUGUUGAUGGACAGCCAAUGAGGCUACAAGUGUGUAAUGUCACCAUUACUAUGAAGGACGAUGGCCCCAGGAUCUACCCUACAUCCCCCCAACCCGUCCCGGCCAAAUUCGUUAUCGAUCAGCUAGUCCUUGAGCGAGGUGAUGAUGGCUUUAUGAGAAUAAGAGCUGAAGGUGCAGACUCUAAAUCCUCAGCAGAUGUUCCUGUGGUUGGCUGUAAUAACCCUAACAGCUACAACCAUGUCCAACAGCAGUGUGACACCAUGAAGAGAACACCUGAUGCUGGAGAGGAAAGCGGUCAGCUGCAGACCAGAGAGAAGACACAUAAGGCUGGAGAAGAUGGUGAUCAGCUGAUCACAGAAGAUAAGGCACAUGAUGACGUUUAUGUAUGUGUACAGUCAGACAGUUGGAAGGUUUUUUUUUUAAUAUAUUUGUGCAGCAAAAAUGUGCAGUUUUUUUGUUUUUGUACAUGGUGUCACGUCCCCAGGCCUCUGGCCUGAGACUGUGUUUCAUGCAAAGCCGGCUGAACAGGAACAUUUCGACCAUUGGCUGUCAGGCCGGUUACCACCCUCUACACCAUCCCCCUCUGUGACUGGCCGCUUCUUCCUCCGUCUGCAGACCAACCCUCCUUCGUCAGGAUUGGACCCUGCCACUCCCGCACUUCCUGCCUCGAGACCUAUCCAAGAACACCUGGAUCUUUAAAAGACUGAAUGAGGCUGCAUUCGUGGCAGCUGUGAUCCAUUGAGGCCCACAGUUUGCCUUGGGAUUGUCGGAGAGACGCUGGUCUGUAUUAGUGUUGUUUAAAGCCGUUAGAUUUCCCUUUUGGUAGUUUGGAUACACGAUUGUGUAGUCUUGUAGAGAAUUGAGAAGAGACGCUCUCAUAAUUGAGUAGCUGAUUUAAGUUUGUAUUGUUAACUAGUCUCAAUAGGAGAGCUUUUUGUUUGUGUUUUGGGAGAUAAGACCUUUUGUUUGUUAAGCUGAUUGUUUUGGUUGUUUUCUAUUAGCUCUACAUUUGUUGUGUUAAGUUGUAAUAUAAUAACCUUGAAAUAAGGACACCUUUUGUUAUUUGUUUUGUUAAUUGUGUGGAUAACUGAAAACCGGACUAAUAAUACCUAGGACAUUUUGGUUUUUUUUAUUUUGUGUAUAUAGAGAUUGUUAUUUGCCUGG